GAAAAGCUCGCAAUCUUAUCUUGUGCAGUUUCACAACUUCUCCUUCUUUGCCACCAAAAACUCAAAUUCAUCAAGCAAAAAUGGCUACAUUUUUGCUCGCAAACGCGAAAGUGUUUCUCCCUUGCGUUCCAUCUACAUCUACACAUUCACAUUCAACAAUUCAAAUUGUGUGUAGAUCUGUUGCUCCUUCUGAGACAUGCUCCAUCGUUACAAGCAGGAGAGCCAUCGCUCUCUCUCUCGCGACCGCAGCCGGCUUUCUCUCCGGCGCCAAUUACAAGGCCGGCGCCGCCAUUUUGGAGGCGGAUGAAGAUGACGAGCUGAUGGAGAAGGUGAAGAGAGAUAGGAAGAAGAGGCUCGAGAUCAGCUCAUCCACUCAGGAAAAAGCAUACCUGCAAGAUGUUGUGUACAAACUGAGCAAAAUAGGGCAGGCUAUUGAGAAGGAGGACCUUGCUGAAGCAAAUUCUGUUAUUGUGUCAGCCAAGGAUACUGAAUGGCUCCAGAAGGUUAAUGCUGCCCUCAACAAGUUGAGUUCUAGUGAAGAGGAGAAGACAGAGGCUGAUCUAUUCCAACUGUCAAUGGCUUCCUUAAUCUCAUCUAUUUCUGAAAAAGAUGAAGAAGGGUCUAAGAUAGCAUUUGUGGCAUCUGCAACCGCCUUUGAGAAGUGGACCACUCUAUCUGGAUUGGCCGGACAACUCAAGGGCCUUUGAACCACUACAACAUAUGGAGUACAAUUUUUCAGUUUUAUUUCUUCACUUGUAACUCACUCAAUUUAUUUAUUACAAUAUAUUCUAUUGUAUUGGCAUCCAAUCCUUGCUCCUUGAGAAAAAUAAAUACUACCAAGGCCUUUUUGUAAAA